AUGAUGCAUUUACAACAAACACCAACUAAAAGAUCAAUCUUACCACCAAUCACUCCAUUAACCAAUUCCAACAAUGGUUCAAAACUAAGUUUACCACCUUUAUCUUCUAUUUUACCAACUGCUCCAAGUAGUCACUACAGAGAUCAUCCAUUGACUACUAGCACCCCAUACAAGGCACCACCUUUGCCAUCAAUAAAUACUUCAGUUGCUUACCAAAGUCCAUCAAUGGCUUACAAUAGUUAUAUUCCAACUCCAGAAUCAGCUACUUCCGCUACUUCACUGAUAGCUAGUUCCAAUAAAAGAAGUUUCUCCGUGCUUGAUGAUUCGUCAAUUAUGGAUACUAGUAUACUAGAAGAAAGAAAAUUAAAGACAUCUUCUAGUUCAUCAAUUGUUUCCACAACUUCUUCAUCUCCAUCACUUUCUUCACCUGCAUCUACUCCUACUGAUAACAAAGCUUAUGCAUUUAUUUCACAUUCACUAGCUACUUUCCCACUGCAAGAACCUUCUAUUGAUAAUGCUCCAUUAGCAAGACGUAAAAGAAGAAGAACUUCUCCUCAUGAAUUAAAUAUAUUAAAUCAAGAAUUUGCUUUAGGGACAACUCCAAAUAAAUCAAGAAGAAUUCAAAUUGCUAAAAAAGUUUCUAUGACUGAAAAGGCAGUACAAAUAUGGUUUCAAAAUAAAAGACAAUCAAUUAGAAAACAACUGAAUCUGGAAAAGGAAAUCACGGUGUUACCACCAACACCAAGUUAUCCUCCAUUUCAACAACAUCAACCAGAACAGAUAUCAACUUUGCCUCCACCACCACCAGUACAAGUACAACCUAUACAACUACCAAUUCAAGGUCAAUCAACACCAUUACCAAAACCUGUUAACAUGUCACCACUCCCGAUCACCAAUUCCUAUACUUCUAUGAAAUUUAAAUUUAUGCCAAGUAAGAGUAAAGUCACUCGUAAACUACAAGAAUGCAAAGCUUUAGGUGAUAUCACCAAUUUACAAUAA